AUGGUUUCUAAGGAAGGCUCAAGAAUGCUAGCCAUCUUGGCCAUGGUUUCUUUUAUCUCCUCAGUGAUGGCAGCUAGGAACUUGGCUGAGACUUCCUUGUCAAAAAAUUGUGACGGUAAAAAUUGCGUAAUUGGUAUUCCUGGUUUUGGAAUGCCAGGUUUUGGGGUGCCUGGUUUUGGUAUCCCUGGAGGAGGGGGUUUCCCUGGUGGGCCCGGAGGUGGUGGUUUCCCUGGUGGGCCUGGUGGUGGUGGGCCUGGAGCUGGUGGAGUUGCUGACAAGCAAAAUGGCAUGGAUUAUGUGAAACAGAGCGAAAAUCCUGGUCGUGGUGGAGGGCUUGGAGUCCAUAUUUAG